AUGAUCUCAACACUCAUCACCCACAUCAUUAACCCACUAGCUUUCAUUGUUCCAGUUCUUCUAGCCGUUGCUUUUCUAACCCUACUUGAACGUAAAGUGCUUGGCUACAUACAACUGCGAAAAGGUCCAAACAUUGUAGGACCCUACGGCCUCCUACAACCCAUCGCCGACGGAGUGAAACUAUUUAUUAAAGAACCCGUGCGCCCCUCAACCUCUUCCCCCAUUCUCUUCCUUCUAACCCCGAUGCUAGCCCUUACACUUGCCCUCACCCUGUGAGCCCCAAUACCCCUUCCCUACCCAGUAAUUGACCUAAACUUAGGUAUCUUAUUUAUCUUAGCCCUCUCCAGCCUUGCAGUCUAUUCAAUUCUAGGCUCAGGCUGAGCAUCAAAUUCAAAAUACGCCCUAAUCGGUGCCCUUCGAGCCGUAGCGCAAACCAUCUCAUACGAAGUUAGCCUCGGACUCAUCCUCUUAAACGCCAUUAUCUUCACCGGCGGCUUCACCCUGCAAACCUUCAACAUUGCCCAAGAAAGCGUUUGAUUGAUCUUACCAGCCUGGCCUUUAGCCGCUAUAUGAUACAUUUCAACCCUAGCAGAAACCAAUCGAGCACCGUUCGACCUAACUGAAGGUGAAUCAGAACUAGUAUCAGGCUUCAACGUAGAAUAUGCAGGAGGCCCCUUUGCCCUAUUCUUCCUAGCAGAAUAUGCCAACAUCUUACUUAUGAAUACACUUUCCGCCACCCUUUUCUUAGGCGCAGCACACAUCCCAACAAUCCCAGAACUCACUGCAGUCAACCUAAUAACUAAAGCCGCCCUCCUUUCAAUCGUAUUCCUUUGAGUUCGGGCCUCAUACCCCCGAUUCCGGUACGACCAGCUUAUGCACCUGAUCUGAAAAAACUUCCUACCUCUCACACUAUCCCUAGUUAUUUGACACCUUUCACUUCCCAUUGCAUUCGCAGGACUACCCCCUCAACUAUAA